AUGGUGAAGGCACAGUGCGCCACGGCCAGGGCGGGGUGGGCCAUCCGGGGGCCCUCCCGGCGGGCCGCCCCACCCGCCGCCGCCGCCACGCUGCCGGCCCGCCGCGCAGCGCGGCUCGCGCCGCGCUGCGCGGCGGCGGCCGAGGCCGCGGCCCCGGCACCGCCGGCGGCAGCGGUGCCGGCGGGCCCGGCCACGGCAGGGGUGCAGCCCUACCCGGACCCUUUCCCCGGCCUGCAGCCGGGCGACGACCUGCCAGAUGAGUAUGGGCACCCGGGGCCCAACCCGCCCAAGCAUCGGCGGGCGGGCGUGGUGCUGCACCCGACCUCGCUGCCCGGCAAAUUUGGGAUGGGCGAGAUCGGGGCGGAGGCCUUCCGGUUCGUGGACUGGCUGGCAGACACCGGCAUGCAGCUGUGGCAGCUGCUGCCGCUGGUGCCCCCCGAGAACACCUACUGGUCCCCAUACUCCGGCCUGGACGGCCUGUGCGGCAACACGCUGCUGCUGCCGGUGGAGGAGUUGGUGCAGAUGGGGCUGCUGGAGGGCGGGGAGCUGCCCGCGCCGCAGCCCGUGGAGCUGCACGCCGACUUUGCGGCGGUGGCGGAGUGGAAGCUGCCGCUGCUGGACAGGGCGGCGCAGCGGCUGCUGCACGGGGAGGCGUUUGGGGGGCUGCGGGACGAGAUGCGGGCGUUCCGCGCAGACAACGCCUGGGUGGAGGCGUCGGCGCUGUUCAGCGUGCUGACGGAGCAGCCGGGCCUGGUGGGCGAGGCGUGGUGGGACUGGCCAGCAGAUGUGAGGGACCGAGACCCAGAUGCACUGGCCAAGGUGCGGGGAGAGAAUGCGGAUCGCAUCGAUUCCUUCAUCGCCCUGCAGUUCCUGUUCGACCGCUUCUGGAAGGAGCUCAAGGCGUAUGCCAACUCUCGUGGCGUGGGCCUGGUGGGGGACAUGCCCAUCUAUGUGGGCGGGCAGAGCGCCGACGUGUGGGCCCACCGCGACCUGUUUGAGCUGCUGCCAGACGGCAAGCCCGCGCUGGUCAGCGGCGUGCCCCCCGACGCCUUCAGCGAGACGGGGCAGCUGUGGGGCAGCCCGCUGUACGACUGGAAGGCGCACGCGGCGGAGGACUUUGCCUGGUGGCGCCAGCGCAUCUCGCGGAGCAUGCAGCUGUACGACGAGACCCGCAUCGACCACUUCCGCGCCUUUGCCGGCUACUGGGCUGUGGCCGCAGACGCAGAGACAGCCAUGGUGGGUACCUGGAAGAAGGGGCCCGGGGCGGCGCUGUUUGAGUCCCUGGAGGCGGCGCUGGGUUCUGUGCCCAUCCUGGCUGAGGACCUGGGUGUGAUCACCCCAGACGUGGUGGCGCUGCGCCAGGCCAUCGGCGCCCCGGGCAUGGUGGUGCUGCAGUUUGCGUGGGGCGGCGGCCCCACCAACACCCACCUCAUGCACAACAUCUACGAAAACUGCUUUGUGUACCCGGGCACGCACGACAACCAGACGGCGGUGGGGUGGUGGAAGCACGGCGCGCAGCCCGAGGAGAAGGCGCUGAUUCGGCGGUACACCGGCAUGACCGACGACGACGUGGCAUACUGCUUCAUCCGCGAGAGCCUGCGCUCCUGCGCGCACACCGCCGUCAUCACCAUGCAGGACAUCAUGCGCCUGGACGACACCGCCCGCAUGAACACGCCCGGCCGCGCAGAGGGCAACUGGUCGUGGCGGGUGGGCGGCAGCGACAUCUGGCGCCAGCUGCACGAUGAGCAGGGGGCGCUCAAGGGCAUGAUUGCGAUGUACGACCGCGCGCCGCCCGGCGGCGUCCGCGGCCCGCCCGCCACCGGCCGCUCCGGCUCCGCCUCCUUCAGCUGA